AUGCCGCCUGCCAGCUCCCACAAGGGCAUCAAAAGUAUCGGCGUUGUCGGAGCCGGCAACAUGGGCUCCAUGAUGACCCUCCGCUUCGCCGAGCUAGGCCUUGAAGUCUCAGUAUGGGAUGUUGUGAAAAAGAACGUCGACCAAGUCAUGGACUACGCAAAGAGAGACCACAACAUAAAAGGCAAAGUCCAGGGCUUCUACGACAUCAAUGAAUUCACCAAGAGCCUCGAGGGCAAGUCUGACCGGAAGCUGUUCAUGUUCUCUAUCACCCACGGUUCACCUGCAGAUGAAGUUCUUCAGAUGAUCAAGCCCGAUCUCACACACGGUGAUAUCAUCCUCGACGGCGGAAAUGAGAAUUACCGCAGAACCGAGCGUCGUCAGAGAGAGUGCGAGGCUAUUGGCGUCACCUGGAUUGGAAUGGGUGUUUCAGGUGGAUAUCAAUCUGCUCGACGGGGACCGAGUUUGUCCCCUGGUGGUGAUGCCAAGGCACUUGAGCUUGUCAUGCCUUUCUUGGAGUCGUACGCUGCGAAGGAUCCGAAGACUGGUAUGCCGUGCGUAAAGCGGAUGGGACCCGGUGGCUCUGGGCAUUUCAUCAAGAUGGUCCACAAUGGAAUUGAGGGUGGAAUGCUCUCUACUCUUGCGGAAGCUUGGUCUUACAUGCAUGAUGGACUUGGCAUGGAGCAUAGCAAGAUUGGAGAUGUGUUCGCCAAGUGGAAUUCGUCUGGUGAAUUGCGAAACAACUUCCUCGUUCAUAUUGGCGACAAGAUUCUUCAUACUAGGAGAACUGCGCAGGGCGACUACAAGGGUGAAGGUGCCAGUCGUGACGAUGGAUAUGUGAUCGACGAUGUGCUUGACAAGGUUGUUCAGGAUGAUGACAACACUGAAGGUACACCACUUUGGUGUCUUAUGGAGUCUGCUUCUCGUCAUGUAUCCUGUCCCACACUAGCGGCUGCUCAUUACCUGCGGAUCUCCAGUGGCAAUCGACUGGAAAGAGUGCGUGCUGCCAAGAAGUUAGAGAUGCCCAUGCCGAAACCAAUUGAGGGAACACGUGAUCAUACCGAAAUCAUUGAGAACCUGCGCCAAGCUGUGUACUGUUCCUUCCUGGCGUCGUUCUGUCAGGGCCUGGAGUUGAUUUCUCGUGCUUCAAUUGACGAGGGUUGGAACGUCAAGUUGGGAGACUGUCUCCAGAUCUGGCGUGCUGGGUGUAUCAUCCAGUCUGACCACAUUGCGGAUCUACUGCAGCCAGCGCUUGCAGCUAACAAUGAACUCACGAAUGCCAAGUUUGUUGAUUCUGUUGCGCAUGAGUUGCACCAGAGCUUCCGUGGUUUGAAGGAAAUUGUUAUGGAAGGAACAUAUUCUGAUCAGUAUAUUCCGGCGCUUUCGGCGACCUUGGAGUAUCUCAAGUAUGAGGGUGGAUUGUGUCUGCCAACCAAGUUCAUGGAGGCUCAGAUGGAUUACUUUGGUGCUCACAGUUACAACAAGCCAGGUAUUCCAGGUGAGGAUCCCGGCCCUGUUCAUAAGGGUCCUCAUCAUUAUGAGUGGCUGCCGGCGUGA